GUCCCUGGCAGCGCAUGGCUCCGGCACCCGGGGACUCGCAAGAAAAGAAGCAAGAAACUAACCUGGGAGUAGUCCUACUGUGCUGGUCUUUCCCCAUUUUGCGAACCCACCACGUCCAACUCGUCGAUCUGCGGGACCUAACCAAGGACAGAUACGACUAUCUCUUCAAGCUCCUCCUCAUCGGAGACUCCGGUGUCGGAAAGUCUUGUCUGUUGCUCCGUUUCGCGGAUGACACUUACACGGAAAGCUACAUCUCUACCAUCGGUGUUGACUUUAAAAUCCGGACAAUCGAGCUCGAUGGCAAGACCGUAAAACUUCAGAUUUGGGACACUGCUGGCCAGGAACGAUUCCGUACCAUCACAUCGUCCUACUACCGCGGCGCCCACGGAAUUUGCGUUGUGUACGAUGUGACCGAUAUGGACUCCUUCAACAACGUCAAGCAGUGGCUUCAGGAGAUUGACCGAUACGCUACCGAGGGUGUCAACAAGCUGCUUGUCGGUAACAAGAGCGAUAUGGAAGACAAGAAGGUCGUAGAGUACACUGUGGCCAAGGAGUUCGCCGAUAGCCUUGGAAUCCCCUUCCUCGAAACCUCCGCCAAAAACGCCUCGAACGUCGAGCAGGCCUUCUUGACAAUGGCACGACAGAUUAAGGAGCGUAUGGGAACUGCCACCGUUAACAAUAAACCCACCGUCCAAGUCGGCCAGGGCCAGGGCGUCCAGUCCGGCUCCGCAGGCGGCUGCUGCUAG